UCAAUAUAAACUAUGGAAAAUAUAUUAAACUAUUUGCAAAUGAGUUUGGAAUUCCAAAUAGCACAUUUCAUUGAAGUAGUGAAAGCAAAGGCAAUCCAAGUCGGAAUUCAACACGAUGGACUGCUAACAGUUUUAACGUUAUGUUUUGUUUUUUAUCUAAUAGUGGUUUCUACAGGUCAUCUAUGGAAGAACAAAAAAAAGAAGAAAAGAGGGAAAAUUCAACGAGUAUUAACGAGGUCAAUGUCCAUUGGAGUUUUACAUGGAGGUGAAUUGGCUCUUGAAAGACUAGUUGACUACCAUCAAGCCAAGGCAAACGUUCAGUUGUUGGAUGUUACAGAGACGGAGCUGGAUUCUCUACUCAAGGAGGGCCUACCUGAUUUCAAGAAACUACAAAGGUGUAUUGCAAAGCUGGAAAUGAGUGGAAAAGAAAGCAAGGCAGUGAAAAUAUUGGAGUCUGCAAUAAAGGAAGCCCGGUUAGAGGGAAAGCCACAUGAAGCUUAUGAAUUUGAGAUGCUACUUGUGGAAUCACUCAUUUACCAGGGAGAAUUCAUUAAGGCGCUAAGUUAUGAGUGCUUAAAUGAUGAAUUCAUUACCGAUGCAAGGCGUCCACUUUAUAAGGCUAUAAUAUACCUCUCACUUGGGUACACUGAAGAAGAAGCUAAAAAAUUCUGGUGGGAGUUCAAAAGAAUUAGAGGACAUAUGAAAAGAUCACGCAAUACACAAGAUGUACAACUUUUUGAGAUCACAACAGAUUUCGACAAAUUUAUGUGCAUUGUUAAGUCUCUCGAGGAAGAUAUCAAGCAGGUUAAAGCGAAAGCCAACAAAAAUAAAUAAAUGAUAUUCCGAACCAGUUACACUUUGCUGAUAAAGUAUUUGUGUUCUCUUUUACCUUUCAGUUUGAUUGUAUAAUAAUGUUUAUGUUCAAUAACACUUAGCACUGCAGGUCA